CAUGGGAGCGAGGAAAGAGGCACAUGGGAACGUAGGUGGAUAGAUGGAUGGGAGAGAUGUGCCGGAGGAGGAGUGACAGAGCAGACGGGAGGGCAGGGAUGUGCAGAAGGCAGAGCAGACUGGAGGCCGGGUGAUGGGUGCAGAGGAGGCAAUGGUCAGAGUGAGGCCUGCAAAGUUUCUCCGAGUAGUUGAGUUUAUAGUUUCCAGUUUCAUGUGUCCUACAACCACUCUUAGGCUGUUGGGUUUGUUGCAGUAGUUGGUCUAGCCACAGUGUUACUUUUUUAAAAAUAAUUUUGCUACAUUUCUAUUCCCCCUCCCCAUUAAUGUCAUGAUGUCAGUAUUGGCAUUUUUCCCUUUUUUCUCUCCAUGUUCUCUGUUGACAGUUCUAGUGUUAUUCUUUAUCUUGUAUUCUCCAACAGCCAUGAGGGGGAAUAAAAUUUCAGUUUUUCUCAUAUAUAUGAUAUUCUCUCAAUAUCAUACUUAAAAUAUACAUGUUUGUGUUUGGUAUGUUAGAGGGUGUUAUUUUUCCUUUCUGAAAAUCUUUAUCUUAAAAGCAUCAGUGCAUUAGUACUCCCUUGCAUGUGAAUAUUGAAUGUCUACUCCUACUACAGUUUCACAUGUCACAAAGCUAGGUUUCUUUCCAAGGGAUGUUCGAUUUUUAUUGCAAUUGCAGAUUGUUUCCCCCACCCCUAUGUCAGCUACAUCCUAGGCAGGCUUAGGCUUCUUGCAGCUCCUGGUACUUGCCAGCCUGCAGAAGUGAACAUCGCAGCUGCAGCAUGCUUCCAGGGUGCUUUGCUCUUGGAGACUUGGGCUUUUGAGCAGAUAAUGGAGAGAAAUGGAUCCUGCCCUGAGCUGAUCUCAAUCUCAAGAAAGAGAAUUAAAUGGAAGACAAGGAAGCAUCACCAGGCCUUUAUCUGGUUUUCCGUGUAAAUAAGUGUGAAAAAAAAAGCUCAUUCUUCUGUGGAUGAGCUGAGAAAUCUGAAGACUAAAAGCAGCUCUGUAGCACUAAGAACAAUAUGCUAAUUACUAUAUAUUUAAAAGAAUAUAUACUACUCUUUAGAACAAUUCUAAAAAGCAAGAUUCUAAUUAAGAAAUACGCAUUCUUAGUCCUAAGGACCCAAUUCUUUGGAAUUCGGAGAGGAGUUCAAAAGGUGGAAAAGUAUUCAGGCCGAAAUUCUGACCUUGUGAGUCAGGGUUAUAAACACGUGUGAGUCAAUUAAACUUGCAGUUAUUCGUGGCAGGUUUAUCUGGGUUGUGGAUUGGCUGCACUGGGAAUGUAGCAGCAGCAGAACUGAGUCUUUGUGGAGCUGACUAUGGUUUGUCAGGGCUCCUGAGCUGCAGCAUGGGGGGAACAUGGGUGUACUGUGUCCAGGGCCAGGGUGCAGGAACAGUUUAACUCUAUUGGCGCAGAGCCCAACCUAAUAAACACUUUGAACCCAAGCUGGCUCUGCACAGACCCAUCUUAGGAGUCUUUGGUGGCAUGUUUGCUCUACCAGAAGUGCUUGCACACGAUAUGCAGAGAAGCAAGUGGCUCCACAAAGGACCAGAGGGAUUAUUGACUUGCGCAGAGUUCCCUUUUGUUGAGCUCCAGACAGGCCCUGCGGAAUCCUUCAGGUAUCUAGGCCCUGCAUUCUGUCAGAGGAAGGAUCUGUCACCUCAGGCCUGGUCCCACCUGAACACGGGCUUGGGUUUGAUGUGGCACUAAUGCCAGAACGCCUGGAGGCUGUGUUGGAGAGGAGAGAGAUGUGUGGAGCCAACCUGGGUCCAGCAGGGCUAAGAUGGAGCAUAAGCUAGCAAGCCUCUCACUGCCUGAACUGUGUAUGUAUGGAGUACGGUCCCCAGAGUGCCCCACAGCAUUUGUGUUAGCUGUUUCCCUUUAUGUUAUCCAGCCUGGCCAAUGAACACCUCAUUACCCCAAGUAAUGGUGGUGUGACCAUAUGGAUGUGCCUGAAACUGGUGCAUGAGAUGCCUGGAGAGGGAUAUGGUUUGCAGUCUUAAGGAGUAGCAUGGCCAUCUCUGAUUCUUCUCUUUCUAGUUCUUCAGAAAAUUGUAGUACAAAGGCUCUGCAAAUGGCCAUUUCAUUCUCCAGGAUACUUUCUGUUUGGUUUACCAAACUAAUUAAAUCUCAAAUUUAAAUCUCUAAAUUAAUCUCUAAUUAAAACAAUGACCAACUGUUUAGUGGUUUCUUAUAUGUUUACUUUUAACUUGUGAUGAAUUUCUUUACUUCAUUUGAAGAUGGGGGUUUUUUUCACUUGCAUUUAAAGUAACUCUCUGUUUUGAGUUAGCUCUCAGAAGAUUUCACACAAAAAUAGUUUGAGGCCUGCAGGCAUACUUCUUCCCACUUCCAUACACAUUUCCCCAUUAACUCCACGUCUGCUAUUGCAAAACAGAGUUUCAGUGCAAAGAAGCCAAAAAACAGCAGAAAGCAGUUAGCUGACUUGAGAGAUCUCUCGGUGCUAGGUUUCCUGGGCUGUAGUAUGUGUGUGUAUGUUUUAUCUGGCGUGUGUGCUGCUUUGAAGAAGCCCAGGGCAUGAACGCUCCAAUGGCAACCCCCAGGGCCACCAAUGCAGUUGUAGCCGUUCGUGUCACUGCUGAUGCACACAGCAAAAGGAAGAAAAUAGCACUGGCACAGCACACUUCUCAUCUCAUUUAAAUGUAGUUUAAAUCCAAUUCUGCUGGAACUGAGCCACAUUGUUACUUAUAGGUAUAUUUUUAACAGGAGUUCUGAUUCUGUGAGGUUAUUAUCAUUAACUUCCACACCAGUCCCUGGAACCACAGCUGCAUGUGUAAACAAAGCCAUGUCAACAGGGAGAGAUGGAUUUGGCUGUGGAACUUGGCAAGCCUUUUGUUUGUUUGUAUUUUAUCUGACAGCGAUCAGUUAAAAUGUUGGUUUUGUCGUGCAAACGUAAUGUCUGAUAACUGUCAGCAGCAUCAGUGAUUGCAUCUGAACAGGGACAAUUAAUUAUUAGAAAUUAAGACCAGUUGUUCUGCACCCAAGUCCAAAAUAAAAGGAAUAAUGUUUAUAAUAAAGCAGGAAAGUCUUAUUUAAAUUUUUUUUGAACAAUUGCAUUUUUAAUAACUUAUUCUUAAAAAUCAAAUUAAAUACAUCAAGCACAUGAAAAAAAUACAGUCUGUAUUUCAGUCAGAAAUAGACUUCUGUAGGCUUCUAGUAGGAACUGCGCAUCAUGCAGGGAAAAAAUACUUUUUUCUUCCUCUGACAAUGGUCCAGUUAGUAUUGCUGUUUAUACUUUUCCAGGUAAGGCAUUGUCAUAUAGUUACAUGUCUCUGUUUUAGCAACUUAUAACUUUGAAGAGGAAACUGAAAAGAGGAUCAUUGUACUAUUUGAAGCAAAGACAUAAUUGAGGGAGAGGAAACUGAAACUGGUCAUAGCUGGCUUACAAAACCAAUAUGGCCUUAACCUGAGAAGUGCAGGUUUCAGUUAAUUGCAAGGAAAAGCUUCCAAGUAGUAAGAGGAAUUUGUGGAAAGAACAGCUUCAGUUCAUUGUUUAGACUCUGGUAAUGUAAAUGGAUGCACACAAAAAGUGGAUAAAUCUGAAAAUCAACACCUCUUAACACUGGAAUUUGCUUCCUUGCUUUACUCUGUGUGGCAGUUGACCUGUUCUGGGGUUGUGCAGUGGCAGAGGAUCAUCCUGAGUCUGUCUUGUAGAAGUGGAAAAUGUAUAGGCAUACCUCAGCAUUGUAUUCCAGCAGAUGGUGCCUAACAGAGUGGCUCUGUCUUGUAACAUUAGUCGUGUCUCUUACAUUGCAUUUCGGGAUUCCCGACAUCGUGCUGCACAGCUGAUUUAUGGAAAAUGAGAAACAGAAUUAGUCGCCAGUCUUCAUCCGUGUAUGUUCAGGCCAUUCCAGAUGUUCAGCUGUCCAGUCAGCAGUACUGUGGAACUGCUAUGACCUGAGAGCACGUGUCCAACAAUCUCAGGGAGUUGUGGAACGUUUUUGCUUUGCCUGGGUAAAAUUUUGAUCAGAGAAAGACACAUGUCCAGAAAAAUCCAGGUACAGUAUAGCCCUAUCAGUGAGGAAUUAACAUCUGAUUUGGAGAAAAGUCUGAUUAGCAGACAUUAAAUAAAGCUUGAUGAGACUAUUGAAAGAAUGAGAGUAAAGCAAAAAAGAGUAACACCUCGUUAUAUGAGUCAUCUAUCCUGUUCAAGAGUUGAAUGCCUGUGGAGAAAAUGGGAUGCAGUUGUGUUACUGAUUGUGUCAAAACACAUGCAUAAAAAAGACAUGUAAAGAUAGCAGAGAUGCCUUCUGUUUUGGCACUUGCAGAGUGAUGUUCGGGAUCAAACAAUAGGAUGAGCCCUGCUACAGACCCCCUCUAUAGGAGAGGGCAUUUGCUGCCUUUGGUACCUCUGUGGUGAGGUAGUGCUGAGGAACAUGGGCUGAAGUGGGUCAGUCGUCCUGUAUUCAUUCUCACUGGUGUUGCAGACAAGUUUGCUAAGCAAGGUGUCCCCCUUUGCCUGUCCUUCACACAGUCACUGUAUCUGCCUCUGGAAAUACUCGUGUGUGUAUAAUGCUUUAAUGUUAAAAUAGAGACUGUCUCUUGGAUCUUGCUCAAUUGUGCAUUGCUUUAGUUCUGGGAGAAAAAUUCUUUUCUGACCCCAGAUAGGGAUCAGCUCAGCUUAUGCUCCAAAGAAUAGAGAUUAAUAUCCCCUGUGACCUUUUAGCCUGGCUGCUGCAAGGUUUUUAACAAGUGGGCUUAAGACCCCAUGUGUGGCAGCUAUGCCAACAUGAAUGUCUGUAAUGUCUCUUCUUGUCAAUGAUCCGUGAACUAAGGAAUCUCCAAGGAUAUCUUGACGUGCAGUGGAGCUGUUACGGUCUAGUGCAGGAAAGAAGCACGCAAUGAUAGAAUGAAAAGCUGGUGUCACAAGUAAUGUGUAAGCUGUUGUAAAUGUACUUGACAACAUUUGUCCCUGGCUGCAUGUUUACUUAGAAAAUGUGGCUGUGAUAUGGUAGGAAAACCAAAUAUUGAAACAAAACCUCAAGUAACAAACAAUGAAAUACACUAUUUAGGAUUUCUGUAUUUCUGGUUCCUUGGAUGUUUCUGGUGUAGUAUAAACUCUAUAAUAUAAUGUAGAACAGAUAAUAAAAAAUGAGUAUAUGACAUGAAAAAGCCCCCACCUACCUCUAACUACUUCUUCCUCCCCACCCCUGACACGUAGGAUGUCCAGAAAACAACUCAUAAGGGAAUUCCUUCCUAAAAAUAAUUUUUUCCUUAAUUUUGGACAUAUUUGUUUUGAUUUACUUCGGUUAUUCUGAAGUGAUGUUACCAUCACUGCUGUGAAUAAGAGGUUUGUAUUUUGUUUAAAUCGUUCUUAGCUAUUACUUUAAAAUAGCCAUACUUUUUUUCAGUAGAAUCUCAGAGAACUGCCCAGGAUCCCAGAGAAGCACUGAUUUAGGACUGAGGUCUACAGCUGCUGUUUCAAACAUGGCUCAGCUCCCUUGUGAAACCACUCUCCUGAAGUGGGCAUGUGUUUACGUGACUCCUAUGCCUUGCCCCCUGCCCAUGGAUUGGCCCAGCUUCCAUCAGAUACAGAGACAAGGAGGUUGUGUUCUCUGCUGAGCAGGGGACUCUUCUGGAAUCAAGGCGACUUCGAUGCGAGUGUCACUCUUCUUAAGGCAAAAGGAAGUUAAACAUGCCCAUAGGGUGGAAACUAGCUGUACCAAAGAGACACAAGAGGUUGUAAAAGGUUUAUAUCUGGGUCAAUGUCAGGGACCCCACCUGUCCUGAGUCAGAGACCAAGGGAAAAGAACUGAUGCUCUUUUUGUGUGAUUUCUGAGUGAAGAUGAACCUGGCAGAGAUUUGUGAUAAUGCCAAAAAAGGAAGAGAAUAUGCACUCCUUGGGAAUUAUGACUCUUCUAUGGUAUAUUACCAGGGUGUCAUCCAGCAAAUCCAAAGACAUUGCCAGUCAAUCAGAGAUCCAGCAAUUAAGGGCAAAUGGCAACAGGUCCGACAAGAAUUAGUUGAAGAAUAUGAACAAGUUAAGGGCAUUGUCAACACCUUAGAGAGUUUUAAAAUGGACAGACCUCCAGACAUCUCUGUAUCCUGUCAAGAUGAGCCUUUUAGAGAUCCAGCUGUUUGGCCUCCUCCUGUUCCAGCUGAACACAGGGCUCCACCUCAGAUAAAACGUCCCAACCGAGAAGGAAAGUCUUUGAGGAAGGACUCCCCAGGACUGCAGCCACGUGGGCCCGCAGGCAGAGCACAUGUGGUAUCCAAGGGUGAGAAGUCUGCAGGCAGCCGUGAAAGGGAAUCCAGAGCUAGAGGAAGAGACGACAAGGGAAAGAAAAUAUCCCAGGAAUUUGGUGAUGGGGAAAUUCCAAAAUUUGAUGGAGCAGGCUAUGACAAAGACCUGAUCGAAGCUCUUGAAAGAGACAUUGUAUCAAGGAAUCCAAGCAUUCAUUGGGAUGACAUAGCAGAUUUGGAAGAAGCCAAGAAAUUGUUAAGAGAAGCUGUUGUUCUUCCAAUGUGGAUGCCUGAUUUUUUCAAAGGGAUCAGAAGACCUUGGAAGGGUGUGCUGAUGGUUGGUCCUCCUGGCACUGGCAAAACAAUGCUAGCAAAAGCUGUUGCUACAGAAUGUGGAACGACAUUCUUCAAUGUGUCUUCCUCUACACUGACAUCUAAAUACAGAGGCGAGUCUGAGAAGCUGGUCCGCCUCUUGUUUGAAAUGGCACGGUUUUAUGCUCCAACAACAAUCUUCAUUGAUGAGAUAGAUUCCAUCUGCAGCCGCAGAGGCACAUCCGACGAACACGAGGCCAGUCGCAGAGUCAAGUCAGAGCUGCUUGUGCAAAUGGACGGGGUAGGUGGUGCUCUGGAAAAUGAUGACCCUUCCAAGAUGGUUAUGGUAUUAUCUGCUACAAAUUUUCCCUGGGAUAUUGACGAAGCUCUCCGACGGAGACUGGAGAAGAGGAUUUAUAUACCUUUGCCCACAGCAAAAGGCAGAGCAGAACUACUUAAGAUUAAUCUUCGGGAAGUAGAACUGGAUCCUGAUAUCAGCCUUGAAGAAAUUGCUGAGAAAAUUGAAGGCUAUUCUGGUGCUGACAUCACUAAUGUUUGCAGGGACGCAUCUUUAAUGGCAAUGAGACGACGUAUUAAUGGCUUGACUCCAGAAGAGAUUCGUGCACUUUCUAAAGAGGAGCUUCAGAUGCCGGUAACCAAGGGGGACUUUGAGCUGGCUCUGAAGAAAAUCUCCAAAUCUGUUUCUGCUGCAGACCUGGAGAAGUAUGAGAAAUGGAUGGCGGAGUUUGGAUCUGCUUAAUCUCAGUGACAGUUUUCCUUUGCUGGAGUUUUAUGGCUUUUGUUGUUCUCACUAAAUGAGUUAGAAAUCUUUUUAAAGGUUUAAUAAAAGGUCUGCCUCUGCCCUCAUCCCACCCCCUUCUGGUGACAGGAUCUUUUAAACUAUUUGCCUUUAAAGGGAAUGAAUACAAUAAUGAGCUGAUAUUGUAAAAUACAUUUUAUCUCUGAAAUAGUUACAUAAGACAAACAGGAAGGGAAAAAUUAUACUUGUGAGGGUAAUCUUUUGAUUUUUGAAAUGAGGAUUAGUGUUACUUAACUUCCUCAUAGUCAUCUUUCAUGGCGGGAAUCAAUAAAUCACCUGGGGGAUGUGAUUCCAGACAAACAAAAAAGGGCUCGCUGUACCCCCUGCUCUUAAGUGCUACAUUGUUGUUGAGCUGCUUCUGCCUCCCUUGAAUGUGGCAUCCAAGUUACUAUUCUCUCCUUCCGUGCUUGGAUAUUCAGAGCAAAGCCUGUGGAUUAAUUGGUAUUACACAGAGGAAAUGAGGAUAAGUUUUCCAUCAAGACAUGGACUUGGCUCUCCUCUCUUGUACACCCGUUUGGAACUGAUGUCACUUCGAACUGUAUUAGUUUUACCUGUGAUGACUUCUGGUGGAAAUGAGAGGAAAAGAAAAAGGCAUUGAUUGCUCUCAGUCUAGUUUAUACUUGAUCUCUGAACAUAGUUUGAACCUGUUUGACCAGUAGACACUUUGAAGUUUGACCAGUGAGCACUUUGACUUAGGUUAUAACUUGCACUUCCAUGCUUGUAUAUUAUUCUGUGCUUUGUCUGUGUUAUCUAAAUGUGAAUGUUAUUAUUGUUAUUUUAAUACUAAGAGUUUAAUACAGUAAAGACACUAAUUUCAAGGCUGUAUUUAAAACUCGACUAUCCUUAAAACACGUGGCUGUGAAUUUCCACUUCUGAUUAGGUAUGAACUCUUUCCUACCUUUACCAGGCAAUGGAACUUUUACCUAUUUAUGUUGUAGAACUGUUCAUGCUUUAAUUUUUUUAAUGAAGAUUUUUAAAAAAUGUAUAAAUAUUACUGAUCUAGUAAUAUUUAGAAAAUAAUCUGUACGAUCUCAUUUAUGUUUUUGUCUGGUUUUUCCCUUCCCUCAUACAAGUGCAGGGAUUAGAAGAGUUGAGUUAUAAA